AUGAACUUCGAAUACCCCCCAGACCUGGUCGCCCACCUCACCUCCAUUGACCAAUUCAUCACCUCCACCAUCCUCCCACUGCAGCACGCGGACGACAACAACCGCUUCUUCGACCACCGCCGCGAAUAUGCCCGCACAAACUGGGAUGCCGGCGGCCUCCCACGUAAGGAAUGGGAGGAGCUCCUAACCAAAGCCCGCCAUCUCGCCGACGCCGCAGGCUUCUACCGCUUCGCCCUGCCCAAAAUCUACGGCGGCUCCUCGAACCCAAACACCAACCUCUGGAUGUCCGCCAUCCGACUGCAUCUAUCAUCGCACCCAAUCUACGGCGGUGGUCUAGGUCUCGCCAACGACCUGCAGAACGAACACAGCAUCGUCGGCAACUUCCCCGACGUGCUAAUGCUACACCACUUCGGCAACGAAGAGCAACGCGCAAAGCUGAUCCCCGCGCGUCUCCGCGGGGAAUUCAGAACAACAUUCGGCCUAACAGAGCCUGACCAUGGCAGCGACGCGACGUUCAUGUCGACUAUUGCGGCGCGCAAGACCCAUAAUGGCGUCGCGGGGUUCGAGAUUAACGGUGCGAAGAAGUGGCAGACGGGCGCGCACUUCUGUACGCAUAUGAUUGUUUUCGCGCGCACUAGCGGGAAGGAUGGUUCGGCGAGGGGGAUCACGGCUUUCCUUGUGCCCAGGGAAACUGGGGGAAUUGAUGUUGCCAGCUACGAGUGGACGUUUAAUAUGCCGACGGACCAUGCGACGGUGACGCUGAACGGGGUUUGGGUUCCUGAGUCUGCGAUACUGGGUGUAUUGGACAACGGGUUAGCCAUUGCACAGACCUUUGUGCAUGAAAACCGCAUUAGACAGGCUGCUAGUUCCUGUGGGGCGGCGAGGUUCUGUCUUGAUAAGGCGAUUGAGAGGGCCAAGUCGCGGACUAUCUGGGGCAAGGAGAGGAAGUUGGCAGAUCAUCAGGCGAUCCAGUUUCCGGUCGUGGAGCUCAUGACGCAGGUGGAGAUGUUGAGGCUGUUGAUUUUGAAGACGAGCUGGGAUAUGGAUCGCGUCGUGGAGGAGUGUAAGAAGACCGGGGCAACGCCAUGGAUUGCCAUUGAGAAGGGCCUCAGUGAUAAGGUCGCCAUGUGUAAUUAUUGGGCGAACCGGCUAGUUUGCCAGGCUGCGGAUCGAGCUAUUCAGAUACACGGUGGUGAUGGCUACUCGCGACACUACCCCUUCGAACACAUCUAUCGCCAUUUCCGCCGGUACCGGAUCACUGAGGGAUCGGAAGAGAUCCAGAUGCGCAAGAUCGCAGCUUACCUGUUCGGAUUUGGGGGCAAAGUUAGUCGAGGGAAAGAAAAGACAAAGUUGUAG